AUGAAGCCACUAUAUAUGGUAUUUGGCCUCUGGGUUCUUGUAGGAUGCUUCCUGUCUGGUGAGUGUCACAGAGCACCCAGAAGACACCCUGAUCGUAGAAGAACACAAGCUUCUUCAACUCACCAGCCCAACUCCUACUCACCAGCUUCAACUCCUCAGCCCAAUCCCAAUCAUGUACAAUCUGGUGUACCACCCUGUUUAGCCACUAGUUCAGGAACUCUGGAGCCAAGUUCUUAUACCCUUGAUAUUCCUGGCAUUCAAAUAAUAUUACAACCUCCACCUAUUUUUAUUGAAAUUCCUGGUUCUAUUUCAAACGUAGUUUCAGAUCCUAGCCCUCAAAGAAAUCCUCCCAACCAAACUCCUCCCACAGUAAAAGCAAAUACAAACGAGGACCAAUAA